CCGCCUCCUCCGCGCCGUCUCCCUCCACGGUUACCCCGGUUCUCAGCCCUUCCUUUCCGCGGCGCUCGAGGGACCAUGGCCGAUCCUCGCGUGAGGCAGAUCAAGAUCAAGACCGGCGUGGUGAAGCGAUUGGUCAAAGAAAAAAUGAUGUAUGAAAAAGAAGCAAAACAACAAGAAGAAAAGAUUGAAAAAAUGAAAGCCGAAGAUGGUGAAAAUUAUGCUAUUAAAAAACAGGCCGAGAUCCUGCAGGAGUCCCGGAUGAUGAUUCCAGACUGCCAGCGCAGGUUGGAAGCUGCACACACUGAUCUUCUGCAGUUAUUAGAGAGUGAAAAAGACUUGGAAGAAGCUGAGGAAUAUAAGGAGGCACGUUUAGUACUGGAUUCAGUGAAGUUAGAAGCCUGAAGUUUUCUGUACAGGGUAUUUUUUGCAUUAAAUCCUGGGAUCCAUUCCACAAUUCAUUAUUUUUGACCACUGCUAUGUGUUCAAGUAGUAUGAGAAUGUGAUUCUUUUUAUGCAGUGCAUAUAUUUUUCUUUGCCUAAUUUAAUGUGUCAAAUAAAUGAGU